AAACAAAAAACAAGACAUUAAAAGUGGUGUUGGUGCUAGGGUUUAAACAUUCGAAGUCGUCGUGGUCUUCAUCUUCCUCGUACACACCUGCGAGAUUUCUCUGUCCUCACUCAAGGGUUAGCGAUGCGGCGGAACAGUCCUGCAUACUACAGUCCUCCGCGGCGAGGAUACGGUGGCCGUGGAGGAGGGUCCAAUAGAAGGGGAUUCGGUGGAGGCAGGCGCAGGGAUAACAACAAUGGAAGCCUCUUGGUUCGGAACAUUCCUCUCGAUUGCAGACCUGAGGAGCUUCGUGUUCCUUUCGAGCGAUUCGGACCUGUUCGCGAUGUUUACAUACCCAAGGAUUAUUACUCUGGAGAACCUCGAGGCUUUGCAUUUGUGCAGUUUGUGGAUCCUUAUGACGCCUCAGAGGCACAGUACCAUAUGAACAGACAGAUCUUUGCUGGAAGGGAAAUAUCUGUGGUUGUUGCUGAAGAGACAAGAAAAAGACCAGAGGAGAUGCGACACAGGACCAGAACCAGAGGACCGGCGGGCUAUGGAGGCCGAAGGUCUUCUCAUUAUGGGCGUUCUCGAUCUCGCUCAAUUACUAGAUCACGCUCACCACCUUAUCAUUCUGGUUCUAGAAGUCGGUAUCGUUCAAGGUCUUAUUCUCCUGCUCCAAGACGGCAAAGUGAUUACUCUGUUUCCCCUAGGAGGCAAGCAGAGCAUCGUAGAUCACCAAGAGGUCCUCCCAGGGAGCGAGAUGGUGAACUAAAGCGUAGAUCUUAUUCUCCGGCAUAUGGCAAUGGUAUUGAACAGAAUCAAAGCAAUGGAUAUGCUGAGAAAUCUAUGUACAAGUCUGAAGCUGAUCGAGGCCAGUGGAAGUCAUCGAGAUCACCCCUUGGGUCUAGAUCAAGAUCUGCUGACCUGUCACCUAGGCGUGGAAGAUGAGGUUGCAGGUCACUGACAAUGUGUUGCUGGGCUUCUGUACAUUUCCUGCAAUUUAUCAAGACAUUUGCAAAAACCUUGUAUUUGCUUGAUGUUUUUACCAAUAUGAUGGAUGAAUGUAUAACAAUUGAUUUUAUGUGCGGGUUUGUUUUCGACAAUCUGAACUUAGCCUACAACCUUGAAUUAUUUAUUGAGUUUAUGAGCCUAUGAUCCUUUAAUUAAAGCUGCUGUUUUUUUA